AUGAGCUAUGGAACUAUACAUGAUAUGAGUGACUCGGUGACGAACUACCGAAUAAAAAAAGCCCAAAAUAACAUCAAGGGAUGGUACGCUUAUUCCUUCUCCAGUGAGCCAUUUGUGGUUUCAGCCGUUUCGACGUAUAUUCCUUUAUUGUUGCAGCAAUUUGCCAAUAUCAACGGUGUGAAAGUGCACGAUCAUUCUGCACCUUGUCUGUCAGAAACGGCCGGUGAUUCAGAUAAGUGUGUUCUUGGUCUCUUCAACAAUCGGAUCUUUGUAGACACCUCGAGUUUUGCAUUGUAUGUCUUUUCCCUUAGUGUUUUGUUCCAAACUGUUAUAGUUAUUUCUGUUUCCGGGAUAGUAGACCUUUGGGGGAGUGUUAAAUUCAAGGGAAGAGUUCUAGUUUGGUUUGGCGUUGUGGGUGCGUUAUCUACUGUUGCGAUCUCAAAAUUAAACGAUACCCAGAUUUAUUCCCUAGCUGGGCUUUAUAUUGUGGCUAACGGUUGUUUUGGUGUUAUCAAUGUGGUCGGAAACUCACUUUUACCUAUUUUUGUCAAGGAUUCAUUGAAGUGUCAAAGUCAAGGAGAUUAUGAACCAGAUCAGGUGGACUCACUAACUACGUUGAUUAGUGGUAAAGGUGCGUCGCUAGGUUAUUCAAGUGCCCUAAUUGUGCAAAUCAUGUCCAUGUUCUUAGUCGCAUCGAAAAAGGGCAGCAAACAAGAUGUGCAGGUCGCUAUUCUUUUCGUGGGUGUUUGGUGGUUUUUUUGGCAAUUACCCAUGAUAUGGCUGAUUGACGACGUUUCAAUACCAACAACAACAACAACAACAACAGUAGUAUCCACCAACAGCCCAUAUCCUGAUGAACAAGAGAGUGUUCGACAGUUAGAUUGGAAGGCGUACCUUUCAUAUGGCUGGCUGUCGCUUUUUGAAUCAUUUAAGCACGCCAGAUUGUUGAAAGAUGUGAUGAUUUUCCUCGUUGCAUGGUUCAUCAUUAGUGAUUCCAUUACCACUAUAAACUCUACUGCGGUUUUGUUCUCCAAGGCAGAAUUACACAUGAGUACCCUCAACCUAAUCAUGGUAAGUGUAUUGACCGUUGUAAAUGCAAUGCUGGGCGCCUUUAUGAUUCCGCAAUUUCUUGCCACGAAGCUCCGGUGGACUUCCAGUCAAACCUUGAUGUACAUUAUCAUUUGGGCAAGCUUCAUACCAUUUUAUGGUAUCCUCGGGUUCUUCUUUGAUGCGUUCGGCCUGAAGCACAAAUUCGAAAUGUUCUUAUUGGCCAUUUGGUACGGAUUAUCAUUAGGUGGGCUCUCCGCUGUUUCAAGAUCAGUUUUCAGUUUGAUUGUACCUCCAGGAAAGGAAUCUACAUUUUUCAGCAUGUUCAGCAUCACGGAUAAGGGGUCAUCCAUUCUGGGGCCCUUUCUUGUGGGAUUGCUUACCGAUAAGACACACAAUAUUCGAUAUUCGUUUUAUUUCUUUUUCCUGCUUUUAAUGCUAUCAUUACCAGUGUUGAACUGUCUGGAUGUCAAAAGAGGUAGAAGGGAAGCUGAAGCAUUGAGUCAAAUGCUACCUGAAGAUGAAAGAAGGCUGGACUAG